AUGGACGCCUCAGUGAGUCCCCUGGCCGUCCCCUCCCUCCCAGAGAUCACAGCCCUCUUCAACGCUUCCACCUCCGCCCCGACCACCAUCAUCCCUCCCUCCGCCGCACUCUUUCCCCACCCCACCGCCCCAGCCUCCAAACCAGUCAUCCACCAAAAGCCCAACUUGAUCCCUGUCUACGUCGAAAUCCCCGCCGACUUGUUGACCCCAGUGUCCGCCUAUUUGAAGAUUGCCAAGGAUGAAAAGUACAGCUAUCUGCUGGAGAGUGUGCUCGGUGGUGAAAGCCUGGCGAGGUACAGUUUUGUCGGAGCCAACCCCUUCAAGACAAUCCGUACCGGCCCGGGAUUCGAUGUCGAAGGUGAUCCCCUGAAAGCGCUCGAACAAGAGCUCGAAGAGUACCGACAUGCCAAGGUGCAAGGCCUCGCCGACUUUACUGGUGGUGCCGUCGGAUUCAUCACCUACGACGCCAUCUCGCACUUUGAACCCGUCACCGCCCCCGCUACUCCCCUUCACAACCCCAUCCCCGGCCUCCCCGAAGCCUUCUUCAUGCUCUCAUCCACAAACAUCAUCUUUGACCACAUCUACCAAACCGUCAAGAUUGUCUCGCACGUCUACCUGCCCGACGGCACACCAGCGAGCCAGAUCCCCUCGCUGUACAAAGAAGCGGUCGGCAGGAUUGACUUUUUACGACGCAAGCUGGAGAACCCCGAGACCCCUUUACCCCACCAGCCACCCAUCACCCUCGGUGCUCAAGCCGAGAGCAACGUCGGAAAGGUCGGAUAUGAGGGCUUUGUCACCCAGCUCAAGGAGCACAUUGUCAAAGGCAACAUCAUCCAGGCUGUCCCCUCUCAACGGCUCACCCGUCCCACCGCCCUUCAUCCAUUCAAUGUGUACCGUCAUCUGAGAAGAUUGAACCCCAGUCCUUACAUGUUCUACUUGGAUUGCGGGGAUGAGCAGUUGGUAGGCGCUAGUCCAGAGACGCUGUGUAAGGUUGAGGGCAGGAAGGUGUACAAUCACGCUAUCGCUGGUACCGUGCGACGUGGAAAAACCGCUGAGGAGGAUGCCGAACUCGGCAAGGGUCUCCUCGCCUCUGAAAAGGACCGCGCCGAACACAUCAUGCUUGUCGACCUCGCCCGAAACGACGUCAACAGAAUCUGCAAGCCCGAGACUGUCAAGGUCGACGACCUCAUGAGGCUCGAAAAGUUCUCUCACGUCAUCCACUUGACUUCGCAGAUCAGCGGUAUGCUGAGGGACGACCAGUCCAGGUUUGACGCUUUCCGCUCCAUCUUCCCCGCCGGUACCGUCUCUGGCGCCCCAAAACUCAAAGCCAUCCAGCUCAUCUCCUCUCUCGAACGCGAGCGUCGUGGUGUCUACGCCGGAGCCGUCGGCCGAUUCGACUUUGACCGCGAGAACCUCGAUACGUGCAUCGCUAUCAGGACCAUGACAUUCAAGGGCGGAAACGUCUACUUGCAAGCCGGUGGAGGUAUUGUGUUUGAUAGUGUGGAGGAGGAUGAGUAUAUCGAGACUAUCAACAAGUUGGGGGCCAAUGUCAAGUGUAUCGAGGAGGCUGAGAAGUACUACGCAAGACUCCAAGGCCAAGACGUGUAG